CUCUUGAGUUGUAGGCUACUGGGGCAAAAGAGCUCAGUCACCACCAGCGCACUGCUGGUAGAAGGGCCGAUCAAACCCGGGACCGCCAACAAACACCAUGACAGAUGGAAUUUGAAACUGUCAUGUGAUAUCACGACAUCAAUCACGUGGAUUGGCUCAUCCCCCGAACAGAAGAACUUAGUUGUUGUAACUAAAUAUUUAUAUAUCUUAUAAAGAACAGGUUCAUCGGAUAAAUAGAACUAGAAUAUACUCUUAUGUGUUAAAUUCCUGCUUUCUUUAUUGUUACUUGUUGUGAUACCCCUUCUCUUUCCUUAGCUACCAGUCUAGCUAUCUUCUAUUUGCCUCCAAAGCUUCUCUGAGCUAUCGUCUUAGCUUCACAUCUCGAAGCUCUAACACCCAACACCUUUCCAUAACAUACCUACCUACCUACACCAUCCCCCUCCGGGCAUAUCAUAUUCUUAUACAGUUUAUAUCUGUACGCAAAAUCAUUCUUACACUAUACCUACAAAACCACCCGUGGCCGCCAGUGCCAGUGGUUUUGCUCGCAGCGAGCUGCCGUGAUGUGUCGGUUUCUAGUAUACAAGGGGAGACAUGAUAUCCUGCUGAGCAAACUCAUAACAGAACCAAGCCACUCCAUCUUAACUCAAUCCUAUGACUCUCGCCUCAGACUAGACACCCGCCGCCCGGUAAACGGUGACGGUUUCGGCGUGGGCUUCUACACCGCACUAUCCCUAGGCCCAGACCCAUGCAUCUUCACCUCUACCCUCCCCGCCUGGAACUGCGAGAACCUCGAACGCCUCGCCUCCAAAACAACUUCCUCUCUCAUUUUCGCCCACGUCCGCGCCACCACCGAGGGCGCCCUGGCCGACAACAACUGCCACCCUUUCCAACACAACACGCUCAUGUGGAUGCACAAUGGCAACCUGGGCGGCUGGAAGUAUAUCAAGCGCCACCUGGCCGACUCGCUGGCGGACAAGUGGUAUCUAGGCGUCAAGGGUGGGACGGAUAGCGAGUGGGCGUUUGCGCUGUUUCUGGAUCUGAUGGAGCGGGAGGGCGGGGUUGAUCCUAGCUCGGCGCCGGAGGGUGGCUUUGGCCAUGCGCUGCUGCGAGAGAUCAUGGGCAAGACGAUCAGUAGGAUCAACGAGCUGAUUGCAGCGAUCCCGGCUGGUUAUGGGGUUACGGGUUUGGAGACGAGGAGUUUGCUGAACUUUGCGGUCACGGAUGGGCACACGGUUGUAUGCACGCGGUAUGUGAGUAGUAAGACGGAUGAGGCUGCGAGUUUGUAUUUUUCGUCCGGGACGAAGUGGAAAGAGGGGAAGACGAAGGGGCAUUUUAAGAUGGAGAGGCAUGACAAGGGGGCGGAUAUUGUGCUGGUGGCCAGUGAGCCGUUGACGUUUGAAAGACAUAACUGGGUAACCGUCCCCACCAACUCCAUGCUCACAAUCCACAAACAAACCGUCCUCAUCCACCCCAUCAUCGAUGAGUUCUACGACGACGACCCAAACCACGACCGCUCUGCCGGCUUCGCCGUCUCCAAGGGCCUCGUCAGCAAAGCCCCCGGCACCACCGUCUCCCUAGAUAAUACUAACACGAAUGACUCCACCACCACCACCACCAACAACAACAACAACAACAAUCCGCCAUCCAUCUCAGAACCGUUCACGGCUGCUGAUACCCCCGGUUUAGCCCCCCGGGUGAAGAAGCAGGGUAACAAUGGCGGACCAGGGCUGGAUGAAUUGGAGCGGGAGAUACGACGUGUGCAGCUUCGGGUGUGAUUUUUCGCUCUCUUAUGGUUCCUGCUGUUGGAUAGAUACAUUGGGGACUCUUUUUGCGUAGGUUUUUUUUGCCUUGGAUGGUUUCCCCGGGGGAAGGGGGAAAACCCAUUUUAACGACAGGGUUUUUUUUUUUUUUUUUUUUUUUUUUUUUUUUUUUUUUUUUUUUUUUUUUUUUCCUGGUCGGUGUCAGGAUUUGAUGGCCUGUUAAACAAUCAGGGUUUCAUUAUGUUGAUUUGGGAUAAAAAAAGAAAUCGGCGUCUAUCAAGAGGGUGGUGGGUGCCACAGGUGAAAGGAAUUGAUAUUGAUAGGAUGGAUCAACAAGGAUAAAUAUAUGGUAGCGGCGAGGAGUUAGUUUUUCCCCUUUUUUGGUUACGCUACGUUACGCCUUAUCUUUAUGGUUUUGUUAUUGAUUAUCAUCCAACCUCCAAACCCUCAUUUUUAUCCCCCUUUUCGGCCCAAAAACAACAGGCAGUCAGCCAGAGUCAGUUAAUCUUUUUUAGAAUAGCAUUCCGGGAUACGCGAUUCAAUAUACCCCCUUGUUAGUUAGAGUUAUAUAUUUCUUCGAAGGAAGUUAAAAGGCAAACGCCCCCAAAGUAACGGUAUGUAGACAUGAAGUUCCAACAUGCCGUGGUAACAUGUAACGGGUUUAUAUACCCAAGCCCUUUG